GACGGGGUCUGUCGGCUGAUUCCACCUCCGCGGACUAGUCCAUUUAGUUCACUGUUGACUGGACCCUGCGCUUUAGGCGAGAGGCUUGUACGCUAACAACAGUUUGGGAGGAAGUCGCUUUUCUGGCCCCCGAUCGCUUUGUGAACCCUCCUUUUUUCCCCCGCUGGAUACUGCUGUUUCCACACGCCUUUCAUCUCUACGCGCUCUCCUUAUUAGAUAUACACCCCGUCAUGAAGGGUUUCCUGCGCUCGCUGGGCAACAGCCGCCGCUCCAGUCCCAGUGAUGAUAGCGAACAGGACUAUCCCAAUGACUCGCCCGAGGCAAUUCUCCUGCGCGAAAUGAAAAUAUUUUGUGAAGCCAGCAGCGGUCUCCAGGGUCAGCAAGGAAACGAGUUUGUUCACCUUCCGCGCAUUGUCGAGACCGCCGAAUCAAGCCCCGCGGCCGCCAAAGAAGCUGCGCAUCGCAUCCGCAAAUACCUCUCCAGCCCGAGCACCACCCCGAACCACGUCCAAUACAAUGCCAUUAUGCUCAUGCGCAUCCUGGUCGAUAACCCGGGCCACAAUUUCACGCGGCACUUCGAUUCCAAGUUCUGUACCACGAUCAAAGAGCUCCUGCGCAAUGGCCGCGACUGGCAUGUGCAGCAUUACUUGCGCCAGUACCUAGCCCAGCUGGAGGCGAACCGAUACUCUGAUGAUGAUCUACAGUUGUUGCUGCAGGUGUGGGCGAAAGAGAAGGCAAAGGGAGGAUCGUCCUUUAUCGAUCGAUAUCCCACGGCAUCUGCGGCACAGGCGAACGGCCCAAUGGGUCAAUAUCCACCCCCGCAACCUCCUCGCGCACCGGCACCGGGCAGAACCCUGCCCGACCCGGGCGAGCUGGCUGCGCGCAUCGAGGAGGCGAAGAACUCGGCCAAGCUGCUGACGCAGUUUGUUCAGACGACACCGCAGGCUGAGCUGGAAGAGAACGAACUGAUCAAGGAGUUCAUUGAUCGGUGCCGGACCUCCUCGCGAUACCUGCAGGGUUUUAUUCAUUCGACCAACCCGGCUCCCGAUGAGGAGACCCUCCUCACUCUGAUCGAGACCAAUGACGAGAUCUCCGUCGCGUUGUCCCAGCAACAGCGUGCUAUGCUCAAGGCACGCAAGGCUCGUGGAUCUUCCAGCCCGACCUCCAAAAUCAACAGCCCCGCUUCGCCCGCCAGCGAGGUCGUCGCAUCGGGUGGUGCAGGCGUACGUCCUGCUCCUGCGGCCACUGCCGCUGUCGCGGCUACUCCUGGGCUCGACCCAAUGAAUCGCGAAUCAAGAAGCCCCGCAGAACAACCAGCGCCAGUGGUAGAACUCCCUUCCACAAGUUCUGUCAACCGGUCGACCGCCUUCCGAAGCAAUCCCGAACAAUAUGAAUACAAAUCGUCUGAUUUCGAGGUGCCAAACCCGUUUGCCGAUGAGAACGCGGCGAGCGACUCGGAUGCUGAGCGACAUCCGCAACAGCCACAUGCCACGACGGCCACUUCCACUGAGGGACGUGUGCGUUUCUAGCCUACUGAGCAGGAACGUUGACAUGGGCCAUGUGAGGUGGUCAGAGCUAUUCCAGCGAAGCGAUUGAUACCCCCUGAACCUGAUUUUGCUAUGUUCUUUCUUCGUUAGUGUUCCGACGUGGUCAUCUUGGCUUUUUGUCAAAGCGAGCUCUCGUUAUUGUGCUUUGUUCUUGUUUCUUAUGAUACCUUCAGAACUUUUCAUUGGAUUGUUAAACGUGGAAUCCUUUUCUUGUUAUUUUCCUUGUAGGAGUCAUUGAGAUUUUUCUGAACAUCCUUGCUCGUUAUUGACUGGAUCCGUGGGAAUCCCGGUCAGCAAUGUCUUUUGCGCGGCUCGGUUGAUCUCAAACCCUGGAAUUUCCCCCUUUGAUAUUGAACUUGAUUACCAUUUACCAUGAGGAACUUCAGACCAGCUCCUGGUGGAGCGAUGAGCUUCGCCGAGAUGCUCCAUUUUCUGUUCU